UGGCAUAGGCAGCAUGUUAUAUAUAUAAGGCCAAGGGUUUUUGAUGGCUUGAGUGGCCACCAUAGAAUGUCUUGUCAUCCUCAAGCAGACGCCAUCGACCUAAAUCGACUUCUCCAUAAUGUCAACAGCAUUUUCAGUCGCUCCCUAUCGCCAAGUUCGUGCCUAUUACAAUGACACCACUAUAACAGUGUACCAAGCCUACAAAGAAUCCAUUGCUAAAGCUGCUGUAGAUGCGCAGAAGCUCAAUGCAUCCCCAGAUUUCAAAUCAGGUCGAAUGACAUGGAUCAAGCCUAGUUGGGCAUGGAUGAUGUACCGCGCCGGAUACUCUUACAAAGACCCUGGCCAAUCCCGCAUCUUGGCUUUGCGAAUGAAACACGAGCACUUCAUCGCCCUCCUUGAGCGAGGUGUGCUAUCUAACCACACUCAUAAGCUCAACCCUGGCGAGAAGCGUGAGAAGACGGUUGAUGUGAGAAUUCAGUGGGAUCCUGAGAGGACAGCGAAGCUGGAGGUACUGCCGUAUAGGAGUAUUCAGAUUGGCAUUCCAGGAGCUUUGAGCGAGCAGUGGGCGAAUGAAUGGAUUGUCGAGAUUGAGGACGUCACGGAUAAGGCACGUGAGCUAAAGAGAGUAAUCGAUGAGCGGCCAAGCAUCACCGACGAAGAACUGCUGAGCAUGGGUCUGAUAUUCAAGGAGAGGCCGUUCGAGAUGCCAGAAGCAGUUCAUACCAAGCUGGAAAUGACAGAUGUCUCUGUAUAGUAGUAAGAAGCAAAACCCCGAACCAAGUCUGUCCAUGUCCUCAAAACCAUGUAUUGACUUUCCGGCUGUUCUCAAUCUCCAAAGUCAAACUAUAGAAUAGACUCGAGUACCUGCUCUCAAUUCCAAUUUUUGCCGUCACGAUAUCUGGAACUCUCCACUCCAGCCUUCGCUGUGUUUUGUCCAAAACUCUUGAAAAGUCCUGAUUUGCAAU